CGUAAUGCGCCGUAGAAGAAGAAGAAGCUUUACCACAAACCUGGAGCUGAUCCCAGUAGAGUCAGUCACAGGGAGUACACACUGGUAGAGCUUCCAGGGAACCAUGAAGAACGAAGGCAUAGAAGGGACGGAGCUGUUCGUUAGCCCUGACACGGGCCGAGGUCUGCGGGCAUUGAGACACUUCGCGGUGGGGGAGUUGGUGUUCGCCUGUCCAGCUUACUCGUACGUGCUGACUGAGAGUGAGCGAGGAGCGCACUGCGAGCACUGUUUCACCAGAAAAGAAGACCUUUUUAAAUGUGGCAAAUGUAAACAGGCCUACUAUUGCGACAUUGACUGCCAGAGAGGGGAUUGGCCCAUGCACAAGCUGGAGUGUGUUGCCAUGUGUGCCUACGGGGAAAACUGGUGUCCCUCAGAGACGGUCAGACUGGUAGCCCGAAUCAUUGUGAAACAGAGAGUCACGACAGAGCGCACACCGUCAGAAAGAUUACUGCUGCUCAAAGAGUUUGAAGCACAUUUAGACAAAAUGGACAGCGAGAAGGAUGAAAUGAACCAGACAGACAUCGCGGCCCUGCAUCACUUUUACGGCAAACACAUCAGCAAUAUCCCGGACAACCAGGCGCUCACUGAGCUCUUUGCUCAGGUGAAUUGCAAUGGCUUCACAAUAGAGGAUGAGGAGCUCUCACAUUUGGGAUCAGCUGUUUUUCCAGAUGUAGCACUGAUGAACCACAGCUGCAGCCCAAAUGUCAUUGUCACCUACAAGGGCACCGUGGCAGAAGUAAGAGCUGUCAAGGAGAUCAGCCCCAGAGAGGAGGUCUUUAACAGUUACAUCGACUUGCUCUACCCCACAGAGGACCGAAAGGAAAGGUUGUUGGAUUCCUACUUUUUCACGUGCCAGUGUACAGAGUGCACAACGGAGUCAAAGGACAAAGAGAAGAUGGAAAUCCGCAAGAUGAGCUCCGGAGCACCCGAGCCAGAAGAAAUCCGAGCCAUGGUCCGAUACGCCAAAAAUGUCAUUGAGGAGUUCAGGAGAGCAAAACAUUACAAGAGCCCGAGCGAGUUGCUGGAGAUGUGUGAACUCAGCCAGGAGAAAAUGGGCACCAUAUUUGCAGACACCAACGUCUACAUGCUGCACAUGAUGUAUCAGGCCAUGGGCGUCUGCCUCUACAUGCAGGACUGGGACGGAGCCAUGAACUACGGAGAGAAGAUCAUACACCCAUACAGCGUGCACUACCCGGCCUACUCUCUGAACGUGGCGUCCAUGUAUCUGAAGCUGGGUCGCUUGUAUUUGGGGCUGGAGAAGAAGACACAAGGAGUCAAAGCUCUGAAGAAGGCACUGGCCAUUAUGGAGGUGGCUCAUGGGAAAGAUCACCAGUAUGUUGCAGAGGUCAAACGGGAACUCGAGGAGCAGAAAUGAAAAGGGAAUCGAGAAAUGAGGAGAGUAAAGCACACAACCUGACUGCAUGGUAUGCGUCUUUUUUUUUUUUU